AUGUCCAAGCCAAUCAUUGAAGAAAGACUCUACAUCGGAAACAUCGACUACUCAGUCACGGAAGAUGAUCUCCGGGCGUACUACGAAGGCUUGCUGGUCGAGCAGGUGGAGCUCCCCACCAAGACACUCUUCAAACACCUGAAGACCAAAAAGCCCAUAAUCAGAACGCUAGGGUUCGGAUUUGUCCAGUUCGCUUCGAAGGACGAGGCCGACCAGGCUUUGGAGAAGACUGACGGCAAGGAGAUCAAAGGCAGGACGGUUUUCGCCAAAAAGGCGCAUCCUCCACCAACCGAGGAAGAGAGGAAAGAGAGAGCCGAGGACUGGAAGAAGUUCAAGCAGGAGAGAAAGGCCAGAAGAGAAGGUGUGAAGCCAGAGGCUGCUGCCGAGAAGAAGGCCGAUAAGCCAGCUGAGGCUGCUCCUUCCAAUGGUCCUCGUAAGAAGAAGCAGGAUACGAACAAGACGCCUCAGGGUGUGCCUUCGGAGGACACUGUUUUCGUGACAAACUUGGACUUCAAGGCCACUUCCGAACUGUUACAUGAGACGUUCGAGCCAUUGAACCCCAAGUGGGUCCAUGUGCCACCAAAGAGAGUGCCUCGUUACCUUCUUAAACAAAUCAAGCAGAACCACAAGCCAUUGUACAACAGAGGCAUUGCUUUUGUUAAGUUCUCGGAUCACGAGUCUCAGCAGCGUGCCAUUGCUGAGUUCAAUGGCACUGAAGUCAACGGGAGACAGAUAAUCGUGGAGGCUGCUGUGAACAGACCUGAGUCUGAGGAGCCAGAGGAGGCCAAGGAGGCCGAGGAGACUGCCACGGGUAACGAGGCUGUUGAGGAGGCUGCUGCCCUUGAGGAGGCUGCCUAA